CCACUCCACGGCGAAUGAAGAGCGCACCUUAGUUCGUCUAACUGGCUCCCCCGGGCCCUCGUCGGUCAAUGUGAGCACUGCCCGCACGACGAAGUUCUUGGAAAGCGGGACUUGCUCCGUGACGGCUUCGGACAAGACGUGGCAGAGGCGAUUGCUCACCACCACACACGUCUGUCGCUCCACCACCGGCGCGGUCGAAGGAAGCAACGGUUUGCUCCCCAGCUUCUUCUCCCACUGCACAAGCCGCUCCAUUUUGCCCAAGAACUUCCCUCCGGGUGGACAUGCCUUCGUCGCAGGCUCGUGCUUCGCCACACCCGGCCGCCCGGCCACAGGCACACGUUUGGUGGCAGGCUGGCGCUGCACCACAGGUGCAACAACAGCGCGGGGCUUUGCUGCAACCUUUGGUGCUACCAGCUUGGGUGUGGUCGCAUGCGCUGUGGUAGACGGCACAGUCGAGUCGGUAAUCGACGAUGUAGUGGUCGGCUGCGGCAAAGUCACUCGCCUGGAGGAGGUCCUGAGUCCCGGAGUCGUGUUGACAGCUAUGGACCGCUUCAGAGCAGCAAUUUUGGCCCCCAGCUUGACCGCUGCUAUAGCGCUCAAGCCAGUGGGGCACUUGCUGCUCGUCAAACGCUCCAAUUCCGCAUUGGCCUGGGCCACGAUCUGCGCUCGGCGGACCGCCUGGACGACUUCGGCCACAGUGGGGGUGCGUCCAGCGGGGGUAGCCAGCUCCGCAGCGGGGCAGUCCUCAACCGGGGCAACGACAUCCGCACGUGGGAUGCCGCUGUCCAGAGCAGAGGCGACCCCGACCGGGAUAGUCCCGACCGGGGUAACCUCAACUGGCGCAACGACACCCACCGGUGGGAUGCCGACAUCCACAAGUGGGACCAUCUCCACGGAUGGGACGACGUCCACAGGUGGUGAGCCGACCCCGGUCGGGAGAGUCCCGACCGAGGUAACCUCGAGUGAAGUGACGCCAUCCAUAUCCGCUUCGUCGUCCACAGCCAUCGCACUCCGUUCUUCGACCACCGCCUGCUCGGUGGCCAUCAGAUUCCGGACGCAACCCCAUUGGUCGGAGCGCCAGACCUCGCAG